UAAAAGACACGUUGCAAUUUGCAAAGUUGCAAUUGGUUGCAAUCAUCACAACAGUACACACAACAAUCUGCUGACCACUGCUGACUGCUCAGUUCCAAGAAGACUCAAGACAGUAUUAUAAUUGAGAUAGAUAAUAUCAAAGCUUGAUAUUAAAAAUUAUUUAAAAUGCCGGCUAAUAUAGAAGAAGGUUUUGCAACAAGAGCAAUACAUGUUGGACAAGAUCCAGAACAAUGGAGCCAUCGAUCAGUUAUUCCACCUUUAGUGAUGUCAUCAACUUUUCGUCAAGAUGGUCCAGCUCAACACCGGGGUUUUGAGUAUGGUAGAAGUGGUAAUCCAACAAGAAAUGUAUUAGAAACAUGUAUGGCAUCACUUGAAAAUGGAAAAUAUGGAUUAGUAUUUGCAUCUGGUCUUGGUGCAACAACUGGAAUUGCAGCACUUUUAGAAGCUGGUGAUCAUUUAGUAUGUUGUGAUGAUGUUUAUGGUGGUACUAAUCGUUAUUUUAGAAAUUGUAUGUCAAAAAAUAAUAUCAGUGUGACAUUUGCUGAUGCAACAAGUGUCAAAAAUGUUGUCAAUGCUAUUCAAUCAAGUACCAAGAUGGUCUGGUUGGAAACACCAACAAAUCCAUUGCUUAAACUGGUUGAUAUUAAAGCUGUUGUUCAAGCUGUUAAAGCAAUUCGAUCAGAUAUUAUUAUCGUUGUUGAUAACAGCUUUUUAACUUGUUACUUUCAAAGACCACUUGAAUUGGGAGCUGAUUUGGUUGUUUAUUCAGUGAGCAAAUAUAUGAAUGGCCAUUCUGAUGUGAUAAUGGGUGCAGUUAUCACAAGAAGUGAUGAACUUGAACAACGACUUCGUUUUAUCCAAAAUGCACUUGGUAUUGUUCCAUCUCCAUUUGAUUGUUAUUUGGUUAAUAGAAGUUUGAAAACAUUAGAAUUGCGAAUGCAACAACACAUGAAAAAUGGAUUAGCAGUUGCAAAAUUUUUAGAAUCACAUCAACAUGUUGAAAAAGUUUUUCAUCCACUUCUUCCUUCACAUCCACAAUAUGAAAUUGCGAUGAAACAACAGUCUGGCCACAGUGGAAUGGUAACAUUUUAUGUUAAAGGUGAUUCGCAUAAAUUUUUAAAAUCAUUAAAAGUAUUUAUAUUAGCUGAAUCACUAGGAGGCUUCGAAUCACUUGCUGAACUUCCAUCUGUUAUGACUCAUGCAUCACUAACUGAGGAAGUUAGAAAUUCUUUGGGAAUUAAUGAUCAAUUAAUUCGUUUGUCUGUUGGACUAGAAACUGAAAAAGAUUUACUUGCUGAUUUAGAGCAAGCUUUAAAGGCUGCUCAAUUAUAAUUAUGCAAAUUUAAUUAAAUUUAAAAAGAAAAAAGAGAAAUAAUUGUCCAAUUACAAAGUCACACACACACACUCCAUGUUUUUUCAUGAGCAUUUAAUUUUUUUUUUUUUGCUUCUUCACAUACAGAAAUUACCAAUGUUAUAUUAUUAUAAGAAAAAGAGACUCUUUUUGUCAAAUAAAUACAUUU